CCGGGAUCGGGCUGUGGCUCAUGCCGCCGACGCUCGCCGACUCCGGCGAGGCCGUCGGCAGCCAGAUCUCGGUCGCCGCGGCGGGCGCCGGAGCCGGCGCCGUGGAGGAGAGGGAGGAGAAGGGUCGGUUCUUAUUCGGAGGUGAGCGCCCUGCCUUCAUCCCCUGUUUUCGUCCUGGUGCGCAAAUUACGAUCUCUCUCUGUGGUCGUUUCCUCCCCUGUUUUCGUUCUGGUGCGCAAAUUACGAUCUCUCUCCGUGGUCGUUUCCUCCCGUAUUUUCGUUCUGGUGCGCAAAUUACGAUCUCUCUCCGUGGUCGUUACUUGAGGGGUUUGAUCGAUUCGCGCGUUUGUGCUGCUGCGGCGGCCUGUUACUAAGGCAUGGUUUAGUAUUUGGAGCUUUGUUCUGUAAAGCUACGCGCUCUGCCACCUCUUCUCUCAUCGAGAGUGCCUUUUUGAUCGUUUGAUUGCACGGUGACGUCGCUUGAAGCGGUGGUGCUUUGCGAUCGGUACGGUGCGUUCCUGGCUGUACUGAUCCGGUUGCUGAUAAGUGAUAAGCCAAUUGGCCACCAAAUUCCAAAUUAGAUGACACAGCACCGUACAGAAAAGUCUGCGAGGCUUUCUGCUUGUCUAUCAAACAGCUCAAACUCAUUCCGCAGAAGGGUGUUCUUUAAUUACGAGAAGCGGAUACGACUUCUCAGCCCUCCUGAAAAGAUCUUUGAAUACUUUGCGUCUGUGCGGAACCCAGAAGGUGAAGUUUACAUGUUGCCUGCCGACUUGAUGAAAGCAGUAGUUCCAGUUUUCCCUCCAUCUGAGUCGACCAUAGUUCGGGAAGGAAGAUUAAGGGGGGAACGUAGCCCUGGAGAGUUGCACUGUGCUCCAUCGGAGUUCUUCAUGCUGUUCGACACAAACAGCGAUGGCCUCAUCUCUUUUGCUGAGUACAUCUUUUUUGUGACAUUGUUAAGCGUUCCUGAGUCAAAUUUCACUGCAGCCUUCAAAAUGUUCGACAUUGACCGCAGCGGGGUGAUAGACAGAGAGGAGUUUAAGAAAAUAAUGGCACUGAUGCGAUCCUAUAACAGACAAGGAGCCACACAUAGGGAUGGCUUGCGUAUCGGACUUAAAGUUGGCCAGCCUGUGGAAAAUGGUGGACUGGUUGAUUACUUCUUUGGUAACGAUGGGAACGAACCUCUACGCCAUGACAAGUUUUCAAAAUUUUUGAACGAAUUGCAUGACGAGAUUAUUCGUCUGGAGUUUAGUCAUUAUGAUGUCAAGUCAUCUAAAACUAUCCCAGCCAAGGAUUUUGCCCUGUCCAUGGUUGCUUCUGCCGACAUGAAUCACAUCAACAAAUUGCUUGAUAGAGUUGAUGACUUGGUCGAUGAGCCUGAUUUGAAGGACCUGCGCAUUAGCUUUGAGGAGUUUAAGUCAUUUGCCGAUUUGCGACGAAGAUUGGAGCCACUGUCGAUGGCAAUACUCUCUUACGGGAAAGUAAAUGGGUUCUUGACAAAGCAUGAUCUAAAACGCGCAGCAUACCAUGUUUGCGAGGUCGACUUAACGGAUACAGUGGUGGACAUCAUUUUCCAUGUGUUUGACACGAAUGGUGAUGGGAACCUGAGCACAAGAGAAUUCUUGAGAGCAUUACAAAGACGAGAAACUGAUAUUCGCCAGCCAGCAACACCUGGUCCCCUGGGGUUCUUGUCUUGCUGGUUCAACUGGAUCCUUUGAUCCUCUCUGUUUUCUUCCUUCACCUCUCGAUUGCUGUCUCGCGGUGGUGUGGCGGGCAACGGAAGAACCAAGUAGCGCGCACUGCCGAGUGCCAGAACGAUUUUUGCUGUAAAUAUCGUGUGGGUGGUGGUAGUCGAAGCUGGCCCAGCCAUACUAUACAGAAGCUGUAAAUAGUGUCUUGUUGUAGGCCGAGGACUGGGAGACAUAUAGCUUAUGUUUAUUAAUUAAAACCCAUAUAACUGAGAUCUGAAACCUUGUCAGCUA